UGACGACACGUCUUGCGAGACAGGUUAUAUCGCAUGGACCGAAAUGCUUUCAUCGUCACACCCUCGAUGAUAAGGCGUAACGGCUGGCAACCGGACAUCCAACAUGGCGAAUGUCACAGACGCAUUCUGUGUGCCAGGCGCCACAAACUUUAACAAGGCUUAUAGCCGGUUACACGGCUACAUUGCUUUGGUCAUUUGCGUUGUCGGAUCAGCCACGAACUCUAUCAACAUUGCAGUACUCAGCCGCCGCGAGAUGACCAGCACCACUAACUCCAUCCUCACCGGCCUCGCCGUCGCAGAUCUCUUGGUCAUGCUCGAAUACAUACCCUACGUGAUACACAUGAAUAUCAAAAUUGGCCCCCAAAUCAAUCAGAAUACCUACACGUGGGCCGUUUUUGUCUACUUCCAUUCCAUCUUCAGUCAGACUUUCCACACAAUAUCGAUCUGGUUAACAGUGACGCUUGCAGUGUGGAGGUAUGUCGCUAUCGCUUAUCCUCAAAGGAACCGGACUUGGUGUAGCAAGAAAAACACUACUACAGCUAUAGUGAGCGCGUAUGUGAUUUGCCCGUUUCUUUGUCUUCCUAUUUAUUUCGCAAUGAAUAUAGUGCCAAGUGAAGUGACGCAACACAACAAUUCCGAGUUCGCAGAGGACUUGGCUCUGCCAGAUAAUCGGACCGUUUACGUGUUAGAAAUGUCUAAGAACGUACAAUUCGUUACAGCUGUUAUGUGGAUAUACAGUGUUAUAUUAAAACUCGUACCUAGUAUAGCGUUAUCAAUUCUAAGUUUGUGUCUAAUUUCAAAAUUGACUAUCACGGAAAGAAGAAGGCAGAUACUUUUGAAACGUUCAACCGUGGGACCAAACGAGGCUGAGAAGCAGUGCCUAGCAGAGGAGCCGAGCGCGAGGCGCUCGAGCCGCACGGACCGCACGACGCGGAUGCUGCUGGCGGUGCUCGGCCUGUUCCUCUCCACAGAGGUGCCUCAGGGCCUCCUGGGUCUAGCCAGUGCACUCGCGCCCGAUUUCUUCACUCACUGUUAUGGAAUGUUCGGCGACCUCAUGGACGUGCUGGCCCUGUUCACAUCGUCGGUGAACUUCGUGCUGUACUGCAGCAUGAGCCGGCAGUUCCGCAGCACGUUCGCGCGCCUCGUGCGCCGUAUGCUCUCUACGCCCGAAGAACCGAACAAGUUCGCCACGAAACUAGAACCGACCACGCAGGUGACCGGGCCGCUAUAGCGACAAAGUCCCGCCCUCAUAAGGGUGGUGGAGGAGAGUGUUAUUUAAAAUCAAACGAAGAGAAAUGUACUCCCUCUUAUAAUAAACAUCGAUAUUCGAGUAAGGACUACAGAGUAUCAUG